ACCUCUCCUCCUCUCCGGAGCCGUCCUGAGAUCAUUCUGCCGGGGAGAGAGGGAUGACGUCCCGGCAAAAGAAGACGGCAGUCCGUCUGGAAAGCGAGCACUGGAAAGAUAUAAAUGGAUGUAAUUUGUUAAAAGACGGCUGUGACAGUCCUUCAGCGGUUGACAAGGUUACAUGUUGGGACCUGUGAAUGCAUUUAAAGUGGGGAGGUGAUGAGCAGCGACCGGAGCGCAGACAUUAUGUUUUGGAUUUGUUUGUUUUUCUUCAAUUGAUUUCAAAUCUUGACAUGUUUCACUACAAAUGGAGUCAGAUAUCUAAAGAUUAAUUUUCUUCACCUCCUGAACUGUCUCAGACUAACACAAAGAGGAGUCACUGAAGCAACUUUGUCAGAGUUGAGCCGGAGAUGGAGCCAGAGGAAGGGAAGAUCUCUGUGUGGGUCUGCCGGGAGGAGAAGCUUGUCUCCGGGCUGACGAAGCGCACCACCUGUGCCGAUGUCGUCAAAGUCCUGCUGGAGGACCAGAACCUGCGGCAGGGAGCCUCUGCUGCGAUGCUGUCCGGCUCCCCUCAGUCCUACUGCGUGGUGGAGAAAUGGAGGGGCUUCGAGAGGACUCUACCCAACAAGACCAAAAUCCUCCGGCUCUGGAGCGCAUGGGGAGACGAGCAGGAGAACGUCCGCUUCGUCCUGGUGAAGAAUGAGGCUUCGCUGCCCAACAACGGUCCACGCAGCGCCGAGGCCAAGGUGGUCCAGAGCCGGGAGAGUGGUGGUCCAGGUGGGGGGCUCCUCAAGGGCACCGCAAAGACCUGCUGGACUGCCGCGGCCGCUGCUGCCAACCUGUCCCAGGAGAAACAGAGGCGCAUAGUCAGGAAAGCCUUUAGGAAGUUGGAUAAGAUGAACAAAAAGAAAGAACAGACUGUUUGUAAAGAUAAGUGCUCUGUGGAGAAGAUGGAGACUCUGGUCCACCUGGUGAUCUCUCAGGAUCACACGAUCCGGCAGCAGAUCCAGAGGGUCAAGGAGCUGGACCGGGAGAUCGAGAGGUACGAGGCCAAAGUGCACUUCGACCGCAUCAAAAGACACGGGGUGAACUAUGUGCAGGACACAUACAUGGUGGAUUCAUACGUGGUGGACUCCACGGACGCCAAAGGGGACCGGCAGGACGCACGUUGCACAGCGGAGGCCCUCGCGCAGUUCGAGGAGUACGCGCGCAGGUGUGAGGAGGUGGUCCGGCUGCAGGAGGAGCUGAUGGAGCGCGAGGCCCUCGUGGAGAGCAUCACGGGAGAGAUCCAGGAAGAGCUCAACCAGAGGUGGAUGAAGCGGAGGCGCGAGGAGAAAGGAGCAGAAGCAUCCAAGGACACAGACAGCGUAGCGGAGGACACGUGCCUGGCCGCUUCUGCUGCUCCAGAGGUGGAGCCAGAUGUGGAGAGUCUGUCAGAGAACGAGCUCACGCUGGAGGAGGAGAGGAUCAAAACGCAGCUGGACACCAGUCUGUACAUCGGUCUGAGGCUGAAGACAGACCUGGACGCCAUCAGGGGGGACUUGGACCUGAGUCUGGCACUCUGGGAGACCAAGGAGAGUGAACUGCUGGAUCUACUGGCCAAAGUGGAAACCAUGGAGAUUGAGCAGGAGAACAACAAACUGACUGAUGAUAGUAAGGGAGAGCUGGGUGCAGUGAGCGCUGACACUGAGGCUGUGUCAGCAUCAGCAGAGAAGAGCAGCGUCUGGGUGGAAAAGGCCCGAGGUUUGUCAAAGACCUGCAACACAAACGAUGAGGACUCGGACACGGGCCUGAGCUCCAUGCACAGCCAGGACUCUGAUAACCCGCCUGUGUGUGAGUCGCUUGUAUAGACAGACUCACUGUGCAUGUUGGACUUUUAUGCAAUUCAAAGCCACAGACUCAGGGUCAGAGAAAUCAGUGUUGGCAAUACUGGGAGAUGUUCCUCCCGACCCAAAUGCACCUCAGUACAGAAACUGUAAUUCUAUAGCAAUAAUUCUUGUAUGUAGUCGUUGCACAAUAAGCUAGAAGGGACAGCAUGCUUAGAGGUUCGAUAGGCCAUGCUGCUCCAUAGCUGACCCAGACUUUUGACCUCCACGAGGUGAGUCAACAAAGUACCACUUAGUAGGAGAAAAAGCCUAGAAGAGUAUUAAAAUAAGCCACUUAUAAUCUGUAGUCUUCAAAGAGUUAAUAACAGCUUGCUUUUGUCAGGAGACAGUCAGAUUUUUGCUGAAUGCAAGGUAAGGAUAAGUGUUGUUUCAAAGGCACUCUAAUGGCCAUAAACAGACAGGUUUCCUUUAAAAGGUCAAAAUCAAGUGUACCUUAAUGCACAGCAAAGUACAGUCUGCUAUCCAUCACUAUACUGAUAGACAGGUCAGCUUCAAACAUGCUAUUAAAGCUCAAACAAAUACAUAAUAAAGGUUGGAUCAGUUUGCUUCAUCCUAUUCAAAGUGAGAUUGGAUUUUUGUACAAAAUACAUUUAAAACUGAUAUUCAGCACUGCUCAGUGGUCUGAAUUUAAUCAAUUGUUAAAAAAGAGAACUGGAGACUUUGUGAAUUGGAGUAGAAACACUGAUCCCGGUCCUGCCUGCUAAGCAGAGUUGAUAUUGUCCUCAGUAUAAAUGUAAUGUCUGUCUCUUAAGCACAAACAAAUUAAAUUUAUUUAAUCCAGUUUUAGAGCUGGAUAGAUGACCAGCUGUUGUACUUUGUCCUGUACUCCAUAGGUUGGAUUUGAACAUGAAACACUUGUUCCCUAGUUCUUUUUGUUAUCGCAGCUCUUUUGUGACAGUUUCAUGGUUGUUUAAAGCUACGGUUCCCAACAUAUUGGGCUUGUGACCCUUUAAAAUAAUACAACCCAUCAGACUCAUUCAAAGUUACAUUUUUCUAGGAGCCAUGAGCAUUACAAAAGAGCAAAGAAUGACUUUUUUUCUUGCUCUGAUUGUUUGAUUUGAAUACUUAAAACUAUCAAGAAAGAAUGAAUUAUGAGUGCAACAAAAAAAAUCCUCCUAAAUUGGGAAUCACUGGUUUAAAGCAGGGAAAGAUGUGAUUUAGCUUGGUAUCUUCAUGAUGAAGCAGCCGUAGAAAAAUCAGGUCAGAGCCAAAACAACACAAUUUUUGGCACUUGUUUAAAGGGAUACUUUUAGGAAAAUAAGGGGAAUCAAGAGACUAAAGAGAGGGUAAAAAACACAUGUUUUAAACUUGACUUUUAGUCCCAAGUAUGGAUCAAACUUUAAAAACACUACAUCCUACAUUUCCCAUAAAGCAACUGGGUAGGUUAUUUAAUUCAACGCCCCUGCCUCCUAAAUGCCCACCUCUUGCCACCACACCUCCAGCUUGCUUUCUUUUAAAGAUAUUAAAUCUCAAGCCAGAGGUUAAGAUUAACAUGAGAUAACCCUGACGACAUCAUCCGGGUUAUUUUUACUCUCCCUCCAGAAGACAUAAUACAACUGCUUUCACAGGCUGAGUAAUACUUCACAUGAAGAAUAAACACGAACUUCAUUUGUAAAAUUGUCAGCGUGACCCUUUUAAUUGUUUGAUUUGUAUCAUUGUUCUGGCUGUUGGCUCGUUUCCCUCAAAAUCUUCUUACUCAGCCAAAUCAAUGUGGAAAGACAAGAAAAACUUCGUGUUUAUAUUACAGCUCAAGCUAACGAAUUAUUUCCUCAAAUGCUCAGAUGCAACAAGUAAUAACAAGUCACACCAGGAAAACAAACAUGAGACCACACAUUAGGUAACUACAGAGUGGAAGUCAAUAGUUCAGAUUAUAAGGUUCAUGUCUAAACAACAAACGUCUACCAACAUCCUAUGAACAGAUGAAACAUGGAAUUUACUAUCAUGUGUUUUUGGCAUCCUUGGCUUUCCAUACAUAAUUGACAAUAAUGCAGUAAGUAUCAUUUCCAGCAUAAAUGUAGCCAAGUCUGUACUUUCCUGUUUCUACAAACACCUGUAACAUUAUAGAUUUGAAGAUGCUUUUAAGAGAAACCGCCCCAUUCAGAAAUCCCACAGUCCCGUGACGUUAACAGGAAGUAUUUUAAUCCUGUGUUCACUUUUCACAUCCUAGAAAAAGUUGCUUCAAAACAGUAUUAGCUAUGCUCCCCGACACACUCAUCCAGGCAACUGCAUAGACAAUAAGCAACAGAAACUAAAACAAGAGCUAGUAGAACACACUAUAUCCAGAUGGUCCUUUAACUAAAUCACUGACUCUGUAUUUUUGUCAAGCUGUUGUGACGUCAAAUCUUACGUGUUUGACUUUGUCUAACUAAAAUUGUGAGAAGUUAUAACUUUGUAACACCUAGAAGAGACUGAUGAUACUGUUUCUGUGGAUUUAGCUGUUAACUGUAACCAAAUACCAAAAUGACCUGUGUGUAGCUAAUUUACAUCACAUGAUCAGGGACAGUUCAGGGACUAUUCGGUCCGUGACAUUUAGAAAGCUUUCUCUUGAUAUGUGGCUCUAGUUCAGCAACUCUGAGGCUUGAUGUUCACUCAGAUGCACUUCGGCUGCAUCGUAACGCCAGUCAGCACA